AUGGGUUCUUGCUCUUCAUAAGAAAUGAAAAAAAUAAUGAAAGCCAAACUAUAAGAGGCAAAAUAAAAAUAAUCUUAGUCAACAACUCCAAACAGAUCUACAACAUAAUAGCAUGUCGUAAGAUCAAAUACAAGAUGCAAUACUAACAAUGUCCCUUAAACUGCAAAUGAGUAAAGCAUAGUAACUUUAAGUCUUCAAAAUAUAAAUUAAUCACUUGUUUAUAGAAGCACUAACUUUUCCACUUAUUAUAGUUUAUUGAAAAAAGAAGAUGAAGACUUUCCAUUUACUACAAUCUAACAUAAUAAUACAGGAAUAGUUAGAAUAAUCAAAUCAUAUAAGCUUACAGAUGAAAAAUAUGUUGCUUCAUUACUCAAUUAUUAACUUGUAAUUAUCUUCAUUUAAUUAAUUAGAAUCAUCCUAAUCUGAUUCAAUUAUAUGAAAUAUAUGAAGAACAAUAAAAAUAUCAUGUGGCUGAAGAGAAUAGCAAAGAAAUAGUUAUUCUAAAUUCAAAAAUGUUCAUCACUGAACAAGAUAUUGCAUUCAUAUUUAAUUAAAUAGUUGAAGCUAUUGACUAUAUCCAUCAUUAAUAAUUAACGCAUGGUCAUCUUACUAUUGAGUCAUUUGCACUUUUUGGUGAAAAAUACAUAAAAUUAUACGAUUUGUUCCAUUUAUUUAUGAAAAAGAAACCAUCAUUAGAUGAAGCUCAUUAUUUACCUCCAGAAUAUUUUGAAAAUCAAGAAUAUACAGAGGAAAGAGAUAUUUGGUCUUUAGGAAUUAUCCUUUAUUAAUUACUUUAUCAUACAUCUCCAUAUGAAUCUAAAUCAUUAAAUAAAUUAAGAGUAGAAAUCUUAAUAUCUGAAAUUUAAUAUGAAUAAUAGAUAUCUGAUGAAGCUAUCUCAUUAUUAUAAUAAUUAUUAGAUAAAAAUCCAAAAAAAAGAAUUAAAUUAAAAGAUAUAACAAAGCAUCCUUGGCUAUUAAAAUAAGAAGUCUAUUUGAGAGAUGAAUAAGUAAGAGAAACAUUGCUUACAUUAAGAAAAUCAAAAAAAUUAAAUAUAUUAUAAGCUUAUAUUCUGAAGUUUAUCAUUAAUAAUUAUCCUCCAAAUAAGCUUAGAGAUAUUUAUUCUGUUUUUAGAUCUUUAGAUCUUGAUAAUGAUGGAUUUUUUAGUAUUUCAGAACUUAUGGAAUCAUAUACAGAUUUUGUAUAAGAUGAUGAGAAAUCUAAAUCUAUUUGCCUUAAUAUUUUUAGAAAAGUAGAUAUGGAUAAAGAUAAUAAAAUCACUUUUGCUGAAUUCAUACUUUAUGCAUUCAAACGUAAAAAUCUAAUUCAAGAAGAUGUAUUGAUUACUAGCUUUAAAUUAUUGAAAAAUAAAAAAAAUUAUAUUACUGCUGAAAGUUUAGCAACAUAGUUCUCUUUAGAAAAAGAAUAUUUUAUAGAAAUUCUAAUGGAAUUAAUUUAAAAAGAUUAUGUAUAGUAUUAUUUAAUAAAAUUAGUUAACUUAUAACAAUUUUAAGGAUCUCAUGGUAGAAAUAGUAUGA